CAUAACUGCCACAAAACUAAAUUGAAAAUUUAUACAUUUAAUGCAUCACUUUUAACCUGAUCCAAGGUCAUGUCCUUGCAGUGGCAAAAUGAGGUGGUGCGGAUUACGCGCCAAGUGAAGCGCAAUCUACCGCACCGAAAUUUCCGAGAGAUUAACUUUGAUCGCGAGACCAUAAGGCAAGGAAUCACCCCCCUGACCUACGAUGAGGCGCGCCGUCUUAAGGGACCAGUUUUCGAGGCUCUGGAGGAUGAGUUGCGUCGAGCAGGAUGCACCAUGCUGCCGGAGUUUCUCCACUGCCUGGCCACCAAGGAGAAUGCUCUUUUCGAGAGCCUAAAUAUCCGGGAACGUCUAUCCGAUGACUCGGAAUUGCUCUACGGAAUGGUGGAUCGACUCCGGGAUGCCGAACUGGCUGUUUGCCUGAACAAGCACCGGGGUCUCAAAAAGUGUUUUGGCCUAUUCUUCGAGACCAUGCAGCUGCUGGAGCCGUAUCGUCAGAAAUACGCAUACGCCCUGGUGGCCCUCAAUGAGCACAUCAUCUCGUUGUGCCGCAACAUUGCCGGCCAGGAACAUGAUGCCGCCGAGUACAUAUCCCGCAUCUACUACAUCUAUUCCAUGUACCUGGUGAACACAGGCCAGCGAACCUCGGCCAUCAAUUUCCUACAAAUUGCCAUGGAUCUGGUGCGUGGUCACGUGUGGACCGCCGAGGUGGGAAUGCCCGCAGGCAGUCUUACGCUCCACGAGCUGGUGGCCCAGAAUCUCGCCAGGCAGCUCCUCAUCCAGGGCAAGUCCAUUGUACGCCAGCAUCCCGAGGAUGCGGUGGCCAUGGCCCGACGAGCCACUGUACUAAUAGCCGAAAUUGGCAGGGAUAAGAACAUGGAGAUUUUCUGUGACACUUUUCUGGAGCGUGCCUACUUUCUAAUGGAGAUUGGUAACUUUAACUCGGCGCAGCAGUGCCUUGAGCAGAUCAAAACCCAGAUCCUGGCCUGCACCGAAUAUCGAUUCGUUAAGCUCAACAUUAAGUACUACCUGAUCCAAGGGCAAUGUUCCGAGAUUUUUGAGCACGUGGAGAAGGCCACUUCGUGUUACAAGAGAGCUCUUCGCUUAUCCCGACUCUAUACCCACCGCGAUUUGGAGGCAGAGAUACUUUUGCAUCUGGGAAAGAUCUUUGCCAAGGACACACAGAUGACAAGUAUCGCUAAGAAAUGCUAUGAGCAUGCCAAGCGCAUCUACGUCGACUUUAACGAUCUGCACAGCCGCAAGAUGGCCAACUAUCUGCAGGCCAAGUUAAUGGCGGAUGAAAUCACACCACUUUAUAUGGCCAUGCUUAAGUCGUCUACCACUCGCUAUUGCGCCUUUUUCAACCUGCGUCAGUGGAAGAACCGCUGUCGUCCUUUUUGGAAGCGACUGGGUGACGAGAUCAUCAAACAGGAAACGGAUAGCAUAUACUGUCUGCUGGAUGAGGAGAAGGAGGAUCCUGGUCACGAUGUGGCUCCCUAUGACGAUAUCGAUCUCAAGACAUUCAAACUGGCUGAGGGAGAUAUCUAAGUUAGCUCUGUUCUUGGGAAAAGUUUAUUGAUUACUGCUCCUGAUAUUUCUUUUAGGCAAUAAUACAAAAUUUUCAGAACGGGCUUUUAGGUUGGUUCAAAUAACAAGUUGAUUUUCUUUCACUUAUUGAGCUGGCUGUUGUAAACACAUUCUAUUUACCCAAUGACUAAAAUUAUUUACACGCAUCAGAGUUGUGGAAUCCCCUCGUUGAAGUACUGCCAUAAACGGCCGAGUGUAUAAAUAUAUGGAUGAUUAUCAAAUCGUGAGUGUAAUGCAAGAAUUUAUUGACUUCCGAUGUCUGAGUUAUUUGAUCACGCAUUCGGCUGCAAUGCCUUAAUGUCUGAAUGAAAAUAGAACUACCUGAGCCG